UGUUCCAAGAGUAGAUCUGUCAAAAUGAUGAUGAUAAUACCAAUAAUGUUGAAAAACGCUGAUAAAUUUGAGCUGUUUUUAUCGGUGGAUUUGGUCUGCGGAUAGUUCAGUGCUCGGCGUGGCAUCGAAGAUGUUAGCAGAAGAUAUCCGCGACGUCCAUUGAAAGCGAAAGAGAGAAUUAUAUAUAUAGUUUUAUCGGUCCGACAGUUGUUGUCUUUUUGUUGAUGUUGUUGUUGUUUUAAGAUUGAAUAAACGUUAGUUGUAGCAUAACAAUCAUACAUGCAGGAGAAGCGAUGCGAGAGCGCGAGGUGGGACAUCCAGAUAUUUGAGUUGCAGACUUGCGUAUGCCUAUUACCAAAGUGCGGAGCGAAGAUUGAACAUGGUUUUUAACAAUUGAUGUGGUCUUGUUUAGUAAUGGGACAAAGGACGAGCGGCAUGCCAGCUUCAAGAUCGAGCUCAAAUGGUGGCUGCACCAACAACCUGCCCCCGUUGCUAUUCCACAAUGUGCACGGUGAUAACAUCCGCAUCUCAAGGGACGGAACCGUCGCCAAACGUGCUGAGAGCUUUUGCAAGGGAAUCGCGUUUAGCGCGCGUCCCGUCAAAGUCAACGAGAAGAUUUGCGUUAAAUUCGUGGAGGUGUCAAACAAUUGGAGCGGCGUCAUUAGGUUCGGUUUCACAUACAACAAUCCGAGCACGCUGCAACACAACCUACCGAAAUAUGCCUGUCCCGAUCUAACCAACAAACCAGGCAACUGGGCAAAGGCCCUGCCGGAACAUUAUGCCAACCAGAACACAGUUCUCUUCUACUACGUGACGUCCGCAGGCGACGUGCACUUCGGCAUUAACGGCGAAGAGAAGGGCAUUUUCUUCAGCGGUGUCGAGACCCGAGGACAACUUUGGGCACUGAUAGACGUCUACGGAAACUCCACGGGCAUUGAAUUCGUAGAUAUCCGUCACCAGUUGAACAAUUCUAGGAGGAAUACAGUGGAUAAUACGACUCCGGAUGAGAUCGAUAGAAUUGUGUACCCCAUGCAAAAUGUGAGCAUCCACAACGAAGAGCUCAACCUGCCAGUCCUCAGAUACCAACCGGCGCAUUUGAAUUACAAUCCAGUAGCGUUGCACAGGACCAGAGGCAGCAAUAUCAGAUUCAACAGCAACAGAAGUGUUGCAUCCAGGGUAGAUGCGGAAUUCUGCCAGGGCUACGUCUUCACCGGAAGACCUGUUCAGUUGGGGGAGAAAAUGGUCAUUCAAAUUCUGUCUACCGAGCCAGUGUUCCAAGGUUGUUUGGGAUUGGGUCUGACGUCCUGCGAUCCUGCUACGCUUCAGGCGUGUGAUCUACCUGAUGAUUCGAACUUCCUGUUGGACAGACCCGAAUAUUGGGUGAUUAGUCGCGACUUUGCCAGAAAUCUGAACGUUGGUGAUGAGAUCAGUUUCUGCAUCUCGGCCAACGGUGAAGUUCAAAUCAGCAAGAACGGCGGACCACCGGCCGUCGUCAUCCACGUAGAUCAAACCUUGAAGCUGUGGGCGUUCUUCGAUGUUUACGGUUCCACCCGUCGCAUCCGCGUUCUCAGCUACACCGCACCAACCACGCCGACCAGGAAUCCCUUGAGGAUCAUGACCCCAUCGAACUCCGAGUCAAUGAACAGCUUGAACAGUCAAUCGGAGUUGCGUCGGAACUCUGUACAUCCUCAGGUCAGCUCCAGGUGUUGCCUGGCUCCCGCUGACAUUCAGUUGCAGCCGAGCGCCAACGGCGGCACUGUCCUCUCAGUCAUCCUGCCCCCAUCGCACGCCAACCUGAUCAACCAGCAAAACUCCUCCGUACCAGUAUCUCAUCACACAUCCCAAAUCUCUGUGAAUAGUCAAAGCAGUCAUCCUAGUCAGCACGUUAGUUAUCCAGGAAAUCAUAUUCUCGCCCCAUCUACCACACAUGCCCAACUUCAGCUAACGAAUCCAGCUCAACCUGCCAGCUCGAACGCCACCACCGGCACUAUGAUGUCCACCUGCAGCAACACAUACAUUGAGCCAAUUUCCACUGCCGAAACGCCGGACUACAUGUCGGAACAAGCUUGGGUGGACCUGAAUAAUGCGGCUCUCGGUGCUGGCGCCGAAUGCACCAUCUGCUACGAGAAGCAGAUCGACGCAGUUCUCUAUAUGUGCGGACACAUGUGCAUGUGCUACGAGUGCGCCUUCCAACAGUGGCGCGGCAAGGGAGGCGGCCACUGCCCACUCUGCAGGGCUGUCAUUAGGGACGUUAUCAGAAUUUACAAAUCGUGAACAAGUAGUUACACAUAACAACAUCAUCAGCAUCAACAAUAACAAACAAACAGCAUGAAACCAGAGAGAAAAGGAGCCUGAUUUAAAGUUUUUCCUUAUUUGCGGAACAGAAAUUCUUUUCAAAAGUGAAAAAAACACAAGUACAAAGAUAUUUAUUUUUUGUCGUGAACGAAAAGUGCUUCCAAGAGAAUGAAAAAUCUAUUUCAAAACUACAAGACAUGAACCAGGUAGAUAUACCUAAAAACCAGCCUCGAUUUACAAAGAUAUUGUUUCUCGUUCAAUAUAUCUCAAGACUGAAAGUGUGGAAUAUUACGUAUAUAUAUAUAUACACAUGCAUACUAUAUAUGUAUAUACAGAAAUAUCUAUGUCGUCCAAUUUGUUAGUUUGUUUUUUAUAUAUAUUACGGUUAAGUUUAGUCAUUUAAGGUAACUAUUAUUAUUGUAUUUUUUGUUUGUUUUUGUUUUGUAAGUUAACCAAAGAAGCCGGUCCGAUCUGAAUCGGCGCUCGUUGCUGUCAUUCGGAUCGGCUCGGUCCUUUUUAAAAGAAUGAAAAAAAAAAGAAUUGAGAAGCAGCAGCCAAUUAGUCAAGCUGCCCAUCAGUGAGAAAAGGAGAGAUGACAAACCACACAAAAUUUGAAUUACAAAAGUGAAACACUUAGUCAGCUGCGCGGUGCAGUUAAAAAUAUUUAUUUAUGUCUCAUUAUUAAUUAUUAUUUUUUAUUAUUAUUAAGUGAACGAUGAACAAAGAAAUGAUCAAUCGUCGCGAUGCCUCGCCGCCACAGCUAACUUGUUUUGUUAUUAUUAUUGUGAAUUACCGAUGCGGCGCGACAACGCAACGAACCAUUACUAUUUAGUAAUGUUUCCCUAUAUAUUUUUUUUUAUUAUCUCGGAGGUGUAUUUUUUUACUAUAACUAUAUUAUUAUUAUUACUAUAACUGUCAUUGUCCUAAUAUUAUUUUGUAAAAAAAAAAAGAAUAUUGUAAGAGGGAAUUUCUAGUUUCCUCGGGUUAACUUGCGCUGGCCAGUCAAACAUUAGAGAGAAUCGGUCAUUCUAAAAGAGUGUGAAAGGAAAAAACUGCACAAACGAAUAUGUAUGCGAGGAGAUGAAAAACUCCACUUCUUAAGACCAAUGUUGUGAACCAGUUAGUUCGUUUUUUUUUAUUUUGUUGGCGUUCAGUUUUGUACAAAAGAAAAAAAUACUUAUACGCUUCAGGUGACAUCUUCUUAGGAAAGUGGAGUUUUUGGUGAGUGCAUGUGUUUAUGCUUGUAUGCGCGGAUGUUGAAAGAACGUGUGAAAGCGAAGCACAAUGUUGAAUAAUGAAAGAUAGAAAAUCUAGUCAUAAGAAUGUACUGAUAAUAGAAUUUUUUCCUGUUUAA